AUGGCGGCCGGCGGCAGCCUCAGCCGCUCGGAGCGGAAAGCGGCGGCGCGAGCCGAGAUCCUUUUGCAGGAGGAGCAGCGGGACCGGCGGAGACAGGUGUCCCGCAUCUGGAGGAAGCCGCCGGCGGAGCGGAGCCCCGAGGAGUGCCAGGUGCUGAGUGAGAGCGAGGACAUCGUCAGGGAGCUGGAGAGGCGCCGCAAGCGGCGGGAGCGGCUGCGCCGGCGGCAAGAGGAGGUAUGUGAUGAACCAGAGGAGUUACAGAGAAAGGUCACUGAGCUGGCCACUGCUGUCCGGAAUGCCAAGCACCUUGUCAUCUAUACAGGAGCUGGGAUCAGUACGGCAGCUUCAAUCCCCGACUACAGAGGCCCUAAUGGCAUAUGGACAUUGCUGCAGAAGGGCAGGAGCAUCAGGGCUACAGAUCUGAGUGAGGCAGAGCCCACGCUCACCCACAUGAGCAUCGCCUGCCUACACAAGCACAACCUGGUGCAGCAUGUGGUGUCUCAAAACUGUGACGGGCUGCACCUGCGGAGUGGGUUACCUCGAGCAGCAAUAUCUGAGCUUCAUGGAAACAUGUACAUAGAGGUCUGCACUUCCUGCACACCAAACAGAGAGUACGUGCGAGUCUUCGACGUGACGGAGCGCACAGCCCUGCACCGGCAUCACACGGGCAGGAUGUGCCACAAGUGUGGGGCACAGUUGAGAGAUACAAUCGUCCACUUUGGGGAGAAGGGGACAUUGAGACAGCCCCUGAACUGGGAAGCAGCAACAGAAGCUGCAAGCAAAGCAGAUGUGAUUCUUUGUCUGGGUUCCAGCUUAAAGGUUUUGAAAAAAUACCCUCGUCUCUGGUGCAUGAGCAAGCCACCCACACGUCGUCCUAAGCUCUAUAUCGUGAACCUGCAGUGGACCCCGAAGGACGACCUGGCAGCCCUGAAGCUGCAUGGCCGCUGCGACGAUGUCAUGCGGCUGCUGAUGGUGGAGCUGGGACUGGAGAUCCCGCGCUACGACCGGGCCCGAGACCCCAUCUUCGCGCUGUCCGAGCCGCUGCGCCCCGAGGAGGAAGGCACGCACUCGCGAAAGCCGGUGGCCCCGCCGCCGAGCGCCGAGCUGCCGCCGCCAGAGGAGCAGCCGUCACGGGAGGAUCCGCCGCCGCUCGCCCGGGCUGGCGGGUGGCUGGGCCGCGGCUGCGCCAAGGGCACCCGGCGCAGGAAGAGCCACUGA